AUGUCAUCAUUUUGGCGUAGUCUGCAUUAUAGUGCCAAGCGCCGAUCAUUCACCCCUCAGACUCCGUACCGAUGCUUUUCCUGCUCGAUCCGAGCGCGCCAGCCGGAGGCUUCAAAGCCUGGCCACGAUGGACGAACGACUCAUUUCGGAUUCGAAACUGUCCCGGAAGCUGAAAAGGAAGCUAGAGUGGGAGCUGUUUUCAGCUCUGUUGCUAGCUCAUACGACACAAUGAACGAUUUCAUGUCUCUGGGAAUUCACCGCCUCUGGAAAGACCACUUUGUUCGAGGCUUGAAUCCCGGUUCAUCAUAUCCGAGGAGCAACCCUGACGAGGAGCAAGGGUGGAAUAUUCUCGACGUCGCUGGGGGAACUGGAGAUAUUGCGUUUCGGAUGCUUGACCAUGCGACGAACAUUAAUAAUGACCAUAAAACACGCGUGACCAUAGCAGACAUAAACCCAGACAUGCUCGCAGAGGGAAAGAAGCGGAGUCUCGAGACCCCAUACUACAAUACGGAUAGAUUAUCUUUUAUGCAGGGCAACGCGGAAUCCAUCCCCAUGAUUCCUGAUAACUCGAUCGAUCUGUAUACUGUGGCGUUCGGCAUCCGGAAUUUUACCGAUAAGCAAGCUGCACUCAAUGAAGCCUUUCGUGUCUUGAAACCCGGUGGUGUCUUUGCGAGUUUGGAAUUCAGCAAGGUUACAAAUGGCAUGUUUGACCAAGUGUACAAACAGUGGAGCUUCAGUGCAAUUCCUUUGAUCGGACACCUGGUGGCAGGCGACCGGUCGAGCUACCAGUACUUGGUUGAAAGUAUUGAAAAAUUCCCAAGCCAGGAGGAAUUCCGCGGGAUGAUCCAGAAAGCUGGUUUCAUGACACCUGGGCGGGGCUAUGAGAACCUCACCAUGGGAAUUGCUGCAAUCCAUAGAGGUGUGAAGCCAUUGACAACCUCAAAAUAG